AUGGCCAAAAAAAAGGAAAAAGUCAUCGGCUGCCCGCUGCCGGACGAUGAGCUGCUGCUACUCGGAAAAGAACCCGACGGGUCUGGGCACGUUACUGUUCAUGGUUCGAGCCUGCGGCUGUUGCUCGAGGGUCUGCUACUCGAGGACACGCGGCUGAAGCUCCUCGACAGGGUGCUGCUGCGAAUGAUGGCUGGUCACGGCCCGUCGCUGGUCGAGGGUCGCUGGCGAUGGUUGCCUUUGGUUGAAGGUCAGAGGUCGUUUCAGCCGUUGUCGGAAGACGGGGCAAAACAAAGCUCGGUAGUCGAGAGCUCGAAAUCGCUGGACAAUGGCCCGAAGUUGCUGGAGGCCUGGCCUCGUCGGACGUUGGUCCCGUCGCUCGCGGUGGUUGUAGGCCUGUGGCGGAGCGGACUUCUGCGAAUUGGAGGAACCAUCGGGUUGCUGCUUGAAAUCAUCGACGGUCGUCUUUCCUUGGUGAUGACGAAGGAUGGACCACCGUUCUCGAUGGGCUGCCAUGGUGAAUUGCCGGUGAAGGCGGCUACAGGCGGAUUGCGAGGGUCAAAGGACUCGCUAGCGGCCUGCUACAGAAGGGAGUUUCCUGAGGAGAUAACGGGAUCGAGGCUCGACGUCGGUGGUUGGUGGCUCGCCGCUGGAAGCUCGCUGGCCGAAGGAAUUCUCUGA